AUGCACUUUUUCCUGCUUUCCAUCACUGCCACUUCUAUCUUCAGCCUUGUUGCUGCAGACUCAACUCCCAACUCCUUUGACAGCUGGAAACAAAGCAUCCCCUCUUGUGCCCAGUCAUGCUUUGAUGACUUUUACUCUAGCAGCGUGGGUACUUCCUGCGCCAGCGAUGCAGCCUCUAGCACCAAGCUAUCUGACCUACAAUGUGUUUGUGCUGCCAUGGAGGCAAAUCUUGACAGCGGGGGCAACAAGGCAGUCCAAUGCUCUUCUUCGAAGUGUGGGUCAGACAGCAACAUUACUUCGGAGGUUACUGCAGGCCUACAGGGCCUGGCUAGUAUGUGCUCCGCGGCUGAGGGGAGUUCCUCGAGCUCGAGCUCAAGCUCAAGCUCAAGCUCAACUGAAACCGCAACGGCAACAUCUAUCAAACCCACGUCCACCACGGCAGCGGCAACCACUGCGACCCAUAGCUCGGGUUCCACAAGUAAGUGCUCCAUUCUACUUUAUCUAUACCUGCACCAGCUCCACUUCUAUCCAAGACUGUUUGACUAUAAUGGUAGUAAGCAAUUGAAUCUGACAGGGUCUUGCGAGAAAAACAGUGACGAUUACAACGUCAAACUUAUUCUGGAUGGGGGUAGCUGGAGCUCUCCUUAG